AGUGCAAACAGUUCCACAGCCCGCCUCAACCGCGGAGGUGCAGCUUGGGACACAGCGUGUCUCCGCCCUGCGGUGCAGCUAGGGGGUGUGCUUUGGGGGCAAAGAAGGUAGCUAGGAGUAGGAGCCAGGGUCGUGCUACGUUCGGCCUUUCCCUCGCUUCCUGGCACCAAGGCCGCACGAGCCCAAGGGUGAUUUUUCCUUGGGCCCAAUAUGAUACUAACCAAAGCUCAGUACGAGGAGAUAGCCCAGUGCCUAGUGUCUGUACCGCCCACCAGGCAGAGCCUGAGGAAGCUGAAGCAGAGGUUCCCCAGUCAAUCGCAGGCCACUCUGCUGAGCAUCUUCUCCCAGGAGUACCAGAAACAUAUUAAAAGGACACAUGCCAAACAUCACACACCAGAAGCGAUUGAAAGUUAUUACCAGAGGUACCUGGAUGGUGUGGGGAAAAACGGAGCAGCCCCUGUGCUCCUCGAGCUGGCCAAUGAGGUGGACUAUGCACCCUCAUUAAUGGCUCGGAUUAUCCUGGAGAGAUUUCUACAAGGGCAUGAACAGACUCCACCCUCCAAGUCUGUUAUCAAUAACAUGCUACGGGACCCUUCUCAGAUUCCAGAUGGAGUUCUAGCCAACCAGGUCUAUCAGUGCAUUGUGAACGACUGCUGCUACGGACCGCUGGUGGACUGCAUCAAGCAUGCUAUUGGUUAUGAGCAUGAAGUCCUGCUGAGAGACUUGCUUCUGAAGAAAAACCUGUCCUUCCUUGCCCCUGAGAUUUACGGGAAACUGAAGAUACCAGGUAUCUCAGAUGAAGAUCAGCUCCGCGCAAAGGGCUACGACAAAACACCAGACUUCAUUUUACAGGUGCCCGUGGCUGUGGAAGGGCACAUAAUUCACUGGAUUGAAAGCAAAGCCUCAUUUGGUGAUGAAUGUAGCCACCACGCCUACCUGCAUGGCCAGUUCUGGAGCUACUGGAAUAGGUUCGGACCUGGCUUGGUCAUCUACUGGUACGGAUUUAUCCAGGAACUGGACUGCAACCGGGAAAGGGGCAUCCUGCUCAAAGCCUGCUUCCCCACAGACAUUGUCACCCUAGGCCACAGCACCGCUUGACCCCGAGGAUCCUGGAAGAGAAGCCGGAAGCAAUGCUGCUUUCCUGCAGUAUAAACUCCUGGCAACAUCUGCCCUGAACUUGAGCUGAACCCUGGCUGCUGCAGUCUCAGCCCUACCUCGCUAGACAAACAUAUCAAAAGGUUCUGCUUUCCUUCAGCCCUGGUUGAUGGGAAUAGCGGAGAACUCCGGACAUAACCGCUCACUAUCAGCAUCUCCGUCUCUGACACAAGCUUAGUUUAUAGAUAGUCAUAAUCCUGCUUCCUUCCUGAUGCUUUCUCCUUGUACACUGAACAGAAGGAAAGGUGUGGAGACCGAAGGGUGGGGUUUUCCAGUUCCCCUCCCUGUCAGCCAGUCCCUUCUUUUCCCUCUAAACCUCCUUCUACCACCGCGCCCUCCUUUCUCUGCAUGGCCACUCUGAGACUAGGUGUUGCACUAACAUCAGGGAGUAUUACCUAGCACAAAUCUAGGAAAUCUGGAGACAGGAAGUCUGUUAAAAUGUGUGCCUUUUUACCUGGAGCUCAGCAGAGCGGGACAGAGACUUCUGUGGAAACUUAUGGCCUCCUGACUUGUGUGGCAUCCAGCCAAGCUGCAGAAGUCCCCCUUGACGAUAAUGUCCUCUGUUCAUAAAGCUUAUUUGGACCCCAAACAUUUCACUAACGUCUCCUGAGAGGAUGAGUGAAAUUGUGUAUGCAAACCAUGCUCCUUUGGCUUGCAUGAGGCCAACUACUAAAGCUAAGCCUCCCUGUCGACGGCAGCCCUUUGAACAGGACUGCUGGCCUAUACAAUGUUGGCCACUAUUUUUAUGAGAUAUUUUUAAAAAGUAUAUUCAUGUGUACUGCCUUGUGUUUGCAUUUUAUACCAAAUAAUUGUGUAGCACUCAAAUAAUUUAGACAUUAUAAAUAAUCAGCUUUGAAUGAAUUAAGUGUACCAGAAAAUAAUCCUGGAGCGGUUUUUAAAUAAUCAAAAUAAAAGAGAUUUUGUAUUUUA